AUGGCAGACAACCCGGAGCUCGAAUCGUUUCGUCGCAAGUGGCGCGAGGAAGUUGCUGGUCGAUCUCAACCUAGAGCUACCCCUCCAUCUGUGGCUCCGGACCCGCAGCUGCCUAGAUUUCCACCACCAAGGCACCAUGAAGCCUCUCACCGCAAGGACCUUGAAGAAGAGGGGCCCCCGCCGGCAUCUUUUGAUCCCGAAGAAUUGGCCCAACAGGUGGGACAGCUGAGCGUUGAACCAGAGGAGGAGCAUGAGGAAGAUGGAUUUACUAGAAAAGAUCAUCAUGAACCCCGCUCAGCCCUAGAGCAUUUUGAGCGGGCUGUUGAGAAAGAAGCCGCGGGCAACCUGGGUGAUAGCUUGCAGCAUUACCGCAAAGCUUACCGACUAGAUGACAGCGUGGACAAGUCCUACCGGAACAAACACUAUGCUCACGUGUGGAAAAAGCCUCCGCAGCCUAUCCCUAGCUCAGAGGCACAUGAAGCAGAGGCCGUACCUACAACAACUACGGCCCCCGCCGAGAUUAAGACAAUCCCCACGAAAGACUUGAUUGCGUCCUUCGCUCAAGUCCCCAUUGCACAAGCGGAACCUCUCGUGGAAAACACCCCUCCUCCACCUUGUCCCAUUGCCGCCAUGCCUUCCGAAGUGAUCAGUGAUAUUCUGCGUUAUGUUGCAUUACAAGACCCGGCCACUUUUGGCCGUGUGGCUCUGGUUUGCAAACGAAUGGCAUGGCAUUUUGCCAAUGAACAAGUGGUUUGGAAAGAUGUUUGCCAGAGCCCGCAGUUUGGAUUCGCUGGAAUGCAUUACGCCUUUGCCUGCGAUAUCCAUGGACAUCCGAUCUACACCCUUGAUGGCUAUCGGUACACACCAUUCCCAGAAGGAGUUCCCUUGGAGAUCCCCAAACCUCUUUCUUCAUGGAGUCAAGUGUUCCAAUCUCACCCACGAAUUCGAUUCUCCGGAAUCUAUAUCAGCACAGUCAACUACACCCGGCCUGGUGCCCAAUCAACAUACCAGACUGUGUCCUGGAACAGUCCAAUUCACAUAGUGACCUAUUACCGUUACCUUCGGUUCUAUCCCGACGGAUCCGUCAUUUCCCUGCUCACAACUACAGAGCCUGUCGACGUGGUGCCACAUAUUAGCAAGGAAAAUAUGAUGACCGCCCGGGCUACCUCACAUAAACAACAUCAGCGACAGCUUGCGGAUCAAGGUCAAUCCCUGUCUGGGGCAUCCGAACAUGUGCCAGCCCUUGCAAUGAAUACUCUGAGAUACGCCCACCGUGGGCGCUGGUGUCUCACUCCACCAGUAGCUACGGAAAAGUCACCUGAAGAGCAGAUCACGGAGUCAGGUUCAAUUGGGCCCGAAGAAUCCUCAGACCCGAGAGAUAUUAUUGUGGAGACGGAAGGCGUUGACCCAAAAUACGUCUAUACUAUGCACUUGACCUUACGGUCUUCAUCUGCAUCUAAAUCUCAUGUGAACCCGUCCAAGAAUACAAAGCUGGCCUGGCGCGGCUUUUGGAGCCACAACAAGCUCACUGAUGAUUGGGGAGAAUUUGGUCUCAGAAAUGAUCGAGCCUUUGUUUUCCGUCGCGUGAGAGGCUGGGGCAUAUAG